AUGAAGAAUCUUGAUCUGUCUGUUUCUGUUGCAGCAUUGGCAUUCGCGGGCUUGCAAUUGGUUCUCUUGAAUCCAGUUUCUUCAUUCCCAGUGGUUCCCUCUAUUCAGAGUCAUCAUGGCACCACUGCCACAAAGCUACCAAUAAGGUUAGCCACGGCUAUGAAUAAUGAGGAUGAAGUUCAGUUUCAGGAACUUAUCAGUCGUCGCAGCGCCUUGGCUUCCAGUGGCCUUAGACUUUCCGUCUUGCUAGGGAUUGCAUCCGUUCCAACUCCAGUCUCCGCCAAGGGCUUGUCCGAAGAGUAUCGCCAAGGUACAGCAGCUUUGGCCGACAUGGAUGAAAGCGCACCGGUACCUCGAGAAGCCUACAAGAAACUAGAUUCGGGCGUCAUUUACGCGGAUUUACUAAAGGGAAAGGCAGACGCCGUCGUCAAGGCUGGAUCCAAGGUCAACCUAGAGUGGGUACUCCGCAAGUCCAAUGGUUACUUUGUAGAUUCCAGUCAAGUUGUCGGCUCGCCCUUUAUCUUUACCGUGGGAGACAAAACUGCCAUUGCGGGUGUGGAUCAGGGCGUGCAGGGAAUGAAUAUUGGCGGAGUCAGACGGUUACUCAUCCCGCCGUCUCUGGCAUAUGUGGACGGCUUGGAAGAUGGAAAGCCAGGGCCCAUGCCUCAAGGUUUUGGACCCAGGCAGCAAAUGAGACGAGUGCAGGGGGUCAGGAAGGACGUUCCUGGUGAAUACAUUUAUCUCGAAGUGCAAGUUACGAGAGUACGUUAG